AUUGAUGAAAACGACAUGAAAACAUUUUUUUGGAGAAUAUUUUUGAAUUUACGGAAGUUUUGGAACGGAUUGACUGUCUGUGGCGGGUUGUUUUGAAUUUCAAUUUCAAGUGCUAAAAGAGAAAAAUAAUUUAUAAAAGAGUAUAAAUUACCUAGUUGCUAUUGUGUAUGAAAUACGUAGACGAUGUCUGAAACAGAUGCAACCGGCAAGUCUACAAUCACUCCCCAUCACUUCCUUCCAUAUAUAGAUAAACACAGACUGUACAAAUUGUUUAGGGACAUGGUGACAGACCUGGUGAUCCACCUGCCGCGGGACCACCUCAAGCACAUGAAGAUGUUCGUGCGGCGCCGCGCGGCCGGCCAGGGGGACCCGCACCGCAUCGUCAUCAUCACGUCGCCAGACGUCGAUAUAGAAAUAACGAAGGUGGUGAAGGAAAUGAUGAAGAGUCUGCGCGUGUACAUCAUCACUAGGCGCUGCAUAUUGGACAAGAGCGAGAAGCACUUCGAGUACGACCCUCAGUGCGUGUCGCCGGAGCUGCUGGCGGAGGUGGCUAAAGACAUCACCAUCAAGGACCCCAUUCCUCAGGCUGGAUGGCUCAUGUUUGACCACCCUUGCUCGCUCCGCGAGGCGCAGUCGCUGCAGCAGGAAGGCGUGCUGCCCACAGUGACCCUGGCGCUGGGGCCGCCGCAGUCAGAAUCGUGCGCUGUCGACCACCGCACGGGGGUGAAGGGGUUCUUCGACCAGGACUUUGAGGGCUUGAAGUAUGCUUAUAGGGCUACAUUGAAGGAAGUAGCCAUAGAGCCAGGCGAGGACCCAGUAAGCGUGGCCGCGAAGUGCCUCCGAGCGAUCCUGGCGGCAGCGGCAGGACUCGGGCCGGGGGGCGCGGGGGACGCGGGGGGUGCGGGUGGCGGGGGCGGCGCGGGGGCCACCAUAUACCGCGUGCUUCUGGUAGGGCCACGAGGUUCUGGACGCUCUGUGCACGGGAAGCUGUUGGCUCAGACUUUCGGCGUUGUUUAUCUGCAUUUUAAGAAUUUAUACAAAGAAGCGCUUCUGAAGAAGGAUGAAAUUGGAGAAAUUCUAAGGAAACACGGCCCAAACGCUAAACUGAAUGCUGAUAUUGUCAAAAAAAGAAUAGCACAGCCGGAUUGUAUGAACAACGGCUACGUAUUGUCUGGUUUCCCGAGCAACACCGCAGAGUUUGAAUAUCUUGACAGUUCGCCAUUCCCUCCAAAUCGUAUAAUAUUCCUGCACAUGGAGUGGUCUGUGUGCAAGCAGCGCGUGGCGGCGCGCGCCGUGGACUGGUGCACGGGGCGCCCUGCGCCCGGCGGCGAGCGGGCGAGGCGGCACCCGAGGGAUGAGGACGCGGUUAUUGACGCUGAUCUGGAGUACUACUUCUCCGAGACGCUGCCGGAACUGCGCGCCGCGGCGGGGCUCACCGCCGUCACGGUCGACGCUUCAGAUGCCGUCGAUGCGGUGCAAGUACGCGUGCAGGCGGCGGUGGUGGCGGCGCCUGCGCUCGACAUGGUACGCGGCAGAUCACUAAACGAAAACGUUACAGUUGAUUGAUGCUAUAAUGGCCAUAGCUUCAGCAUCUUUGUGGAAUGGUUAAUUAUAAUUUUAUUUAUAGGUACUGAUUUUACUGUUAUUUAGUUUGU